AUGUCCGGAACUCGAUCAUCUUCUCGCGUCAAGGCGCUGCAUGAUCAGAAGGCCGCCCAUCAAGACAUGCACCCGACGGUCGCCACUCGUGGUGCUCAAGCCUCCGCUGGUCGACUGACCAAGUUAGCGAACAGUCCUGCGAACAAGACAUUCAAAGCACCCACGUUGAAGGCCAGACCUGCGAACAAACGGCGCAAAGUGGCGAAAGCCAAUGGGAUCACCGACAACGACGCGAGAGAUGAAGGUCAUGUUAAAGGCAAAUUCCUCGCACACGCAAGGAAACUGCAACAGAUCACCGGCAUGCCGCUCGACAUCCUCUUCGAGAUCUUCAAAUUGUGCGCGAAAUGCACGGAGCCCAUGUCCUACCCCCGCGCCCUGCUGCAUACCUGCCUCUUCGCCUCCGAGCAGGAGAUCGAAGAAGACAACACAACGAUCUCGCUCGCGACCAUGCUUGCGUCCUGCGACUCUGCUGUCACGCCGUUCUAUUAUCCGGAUUCUGCAGGCAGCAAGGUGCAUUUCGAUGAAGAGGCGAGCUAGCACGCGGGGAUCCUCAUCAAAGCUUGCGGGCUCGACCCUAAGAAGGCAACCUUCGCGGACAUGGAAUCUCUGAACGUGCACGUCGAAUGCGUCCCUUGUAAGGCAAAGCACCGUCUGGGAAUGGGGCGCGCGCAGCACUCCUACAUCUUCCCAAGGGCCACGACGCUACGGGUAGCGAGCCCAUAACCGCGCAAUGGAGCGUGAUUACCGACCGCGACGAUUGAAAGCAAAUUUGCGCUGCUCAGAUCGCUGCCUUCUCAUGGAUAGAUUCGGAUGGCGUUAGAACGCUGGGCUGACGCGUCCCUGGGUGCAAAAUUAAGCUCAUCGUGCACGACUGUCAGUAGCAUAGGAUGGAUUGGCGCUGGGUUGCUGCGUGAGUCGUGUACUCUUGAGGCUGACUGUGAUGACAGUGUUGAUUAUGAG